AGAGAGAUCUUCAAAGUAUCAAGUUAGAGAAUGAAAUAAUUUUUAUCGGAAGCACGUUAAUCGACAGAACACACAGAGUAUACAGUCCAUUUAUAGGCCUGGAUAACUUCAAGAGCAAAACUUAUCCCACAAUUAAUGAGAAACAAUACAACAUGGCCUCAGCAUCGAGCACAAGUGCGCGCAGCCUGUUCGUUGAGUCAAAGAUGAGAUUGGCGGAUAGAGUGCAAGUCAAUGUAAACAAUAUCGCCUCUCUCGCCAGGCAGAUACAACGGGGCUCAAAGAGCAGUGAUAUCUUGAUGCACGCGGCGAGAAACUUCGCGCAACAGGAACACGGUUUGGAAAUGAUGGAGAGCAACUUGAAGAAACUAUCACUCAUCGCCACUCACUUGGAAUAUCAGAUGGACGCGAUUGACAAAAGUUCAGCGAUGCUCGAAGAGGUCACCGAGCAAGUGAGAUCGAUGCAACGAUAACGUAUUGAUGAGACGUACGUAUAAAAUGUGUGUUUUACAUGAGAUUUCUUUACACGGAUUGUCUCCGCAGGAUUUAUUUAUUCAAAUCAAUGUGUACGAUAUAAAUUGUUAUGUUGCAAAUUGUGUUGUGUAACUAGAUAUUAUUAAAGUUUAAAAUACAUAUUUGUGUUUACAAUUUGUAAUGCAAUAAGUUUACUUGCGAUAUUCGAUUUAAACAGAACUCUCUCUUUCUGCACUGUCAAGUGUAAUAAAAAGUUUAAAUAUUGUGACUCUGUGUAAGAUCGCUGUAAGUUUUCUGUGAUACAUUUGUACAAAGAGAAAGAAAAUCACGUUUAUCAUAUAACAGCAAACAAUAUUUAUUCCUCUUAGAUUUAAUCAACAAAUGUUCAAUAAAGUGUUUUUUUUUUAUGA